AGCGCAUCUCGUCGCCAGCGUCCCGUGCGCCGGUCGAUUUUCAAGAGUGAGAUCAGAUCGUUGCUCAUUGACUAGGCUUAGACCAGAAUUUUAGUUUGCGACUGUUCAGGUUGCCAAUCUAUCUUUCAGAUGCGGUACAAGAUGAGAUCUUUUCCGGUAGCUAUUGCUGCCAUGGCGUGGAUGGCAUGCUUUACUCGAGCGCAGUCUGGCAACGACUCGACCAUCUAUGAGACUCGAUUCGAGAAUGUCACUUGGGACGCGUCAAAUUGGGUUCUCACCACCACCAAUUUGGACCAAGGUCACUACCAAUCUCGUGCAAUCGCCGCAAAUGGCUACAUCGGCAUCAACGUUGCGUCUCUCGGCCCUUUCUUCGAAGCCGACAUCCCAGUCGAUGGCGACAACAUCCAAGGAUGGCCACUUCAAAAUCGCCGUCAGAGUUUUGCUACAGUGGGAGGAUUCUGGGAUUCCCAAGAGACCACAAACAGAACCAAUUUUGAGUGGCUGUAUCAGUAUGGCUGGGACUCAGUCAUUAGUGGCAUUCCCCACUGGAGCGCAAUCAUUGUCGACUUGGGAGGUGAUGACUACCUGGACGCUUCGACCAACAGCUCCACCAUCAGCGAUUUCACAUCGAGCUACGACUUUAGACAAGGCUUGCUCUCUUGGACAUAUACAUGGACCCCUGCAGACGAUACCUCUUUCAACAUCUCAUAUCAACUCUUCACUCACAAGCUCUAUGUCAAUCAGGCCUUUGUUACCCUGAACAUCACCGCUUCAAAUGAUACAAAUUUAACCAUUGCCAACGUCCUUAACGGUGAUGCGGCCGUACGUUCAACCCCGGGAGACAAAGGCGCCCAAGAUGGACUGAUCUACACAUCUGUCCAACCAGAUGGCAUUACUAAUGUCACUGCCUGGAUCUUUGCAACCCUGAAUGCGACUGGAGCCACUGCCAACGCAACCGAGCAAGCCACACUUGAUCGACCAUAUGUUGGUAACAACGUGUCCUCUGUUGCUACCGGGUACAAUGUCUCUCUGGAAGCUGGCCGAGUAGCCACCUUUACCAAGUUUGUCGGGAUCGCCUCCUCUGAUGGAUUCGACUCGCCUCGCGAUAUUGCCAGAAAUGCAGCCAUCAAUGCAACAGACUCGGGAUUCGACUCGUCGCUCCAAGCCCAUGUUGAAGAAUGGAGAACACUCCUUCCGGAUAGUUCUAUUGACGACUACUCAUAUCCCGAGAACGGCACGCUACCUAAUGACGAUUUGAUUAUUGAAGCUUCCAUCAUUGCCGUGGUGAAUCCCUACUAUUUGCUUCAAAACUUGAUCUCGACCAAUGCUGAACUUACGGCGGGCAAUGCUUCUAUCAAUAGCCACAGCAUUUCAGUCGGAGGGCUGGGUUCUGACUCAUAUGCUGGCCUUGUCUUCUGGGAUGCCGAAACCUGGAUGGCUCCUGGACUGGUCCCAACAUUUCCAUCAGCCGGCCGAUCUUUCGCCAACUACCGGGUGGAAAGGUAUGGACAAGCGCAAGCAAACAUCGACACCGCAUAUCAAUCAUCCAAGAAUUCGACCAAUUUCACUUCCGACGCCGCAGUAUUUCCCUGGACAAGCGGGAGAUUUGGGAACUGUACCGCGUCUGGUCCUUGUUGGGAUUAUCAAUACCACCUUAACGGCGACAUUGGACAGUUCUUUUCGAAUUAUUGGAUCACCUCAGGCGAUACGGAUUAUUUUGAAGACUCUUUGUAUCCCGUCUACGACUCGAUCGCGAGUCUCUUUUCCCAAAUUCUUGAACCGGACGGGGACUUCUAUACGGUCAAAAACAUGACGGACCCUGACGAGUACGCCAACCACAUCGACAACGGCGGCUUCACCGUUGCCAUCAUCUCCAAUCAUCUCAACUAUGCCAAUCAAUAUCGCUCCUAUUUCAACGACACACCCAACGAUACUUGGACGGAUCAAGCCGCUAAAGUGCAAUUCUCCACCGACGUUGAGGCCAACAUCAUUCUCGAAUAUCCGGAGCAAAAUGGCUCUACGGUUGUCAAGCAAGCCGACAUCAUUUUAAUCACGUUUCCUCUCUCGUAUACCGGUCAGAACUAUACCGCUGAGCGAUCUCUAGCAGACCUCGACUACUAUGCGGCCAAGCAGUCAACCGAUGGGCCCGGCAUGACAUACGCCAUGUUCAGCAUCAUUGCCAAUCAAGUCUCGCCGUCAGGUUGCUCUGCCUAUACAUAUCAACAUUACUCGUACUACCCUUACGCGAGGGCUCCAUGGUAUCAAUUCAGCGAACAGCUGCUGGACAGCUACAACGACAACGGCGGGACCCAUCCAGCAUAUCCAUUCCUGACCGGGCAUGGCGGUGCCAAUCAAGUGGUUCUAUUUGGGUACCUCGGCCUUCGCUUGAUCCCGGGAUUUACGCUCUACAUCGAUCCAGCCCUGCCACCUCAAGUACCCCAGAUCCGUUACCGGACAUUCCACUUCCACGGUCAUCCGAUCACGGCCUUCUCGAACCAGACACACACGACACUUUCACGCAACAGCUCGCUGGAGCCAGCUGAAGGCGCAGUGCCGAACGCAACGUUUAGUGAAACCGCGAUCCCCAUCGUCGUAGGUGGACUGGGCUCGGAAAUCUUAGGCAACUACAGCCUAGGACCAGACUCGAGCGUAACGAUCGAGAACCGCAACUACAGCAGUCUACGCACGACGGCCGACAACCUCGUGCAAUGCGUCCCCGUGACAUCGCCAGAUGACUUCUUACCCGGCCAAUUCCCCAUCGCGGCCGUCGACGGCGCCGCCUCCACCAAAUGGCAACCAGUCUUUGCCAACAAGUCCGCCAGUAUCACCAUCUCCACCGAGCCUGGCUACACGGUGCGUGGCCUAUACUUUGACUGGGCUCAAGCCCCUCCGUGGAACUACUCUGUUUACUUCCACAACUAUACGCUGGAUGACCCAUCCAGCACGGAUGUCAAUGGCACAGAGGGUGUUUUACUGGUAGCAAGUGCCGAUGGCGUCAUCGAAGCCAAGUAUGAUGAGGAAGCCAUCUUCAAUAUUGAGCCGAUCCAAGCCAACAUCACCACAUUGAAUUUCACAGGUAGUGGUGGAUCAGGCAACGAAACCAUCGUCACGGCUAGAUACGCUACAUUGCAAAUCUGGGGCAGUCUAAUCAAUGAAACCCACAACGCCACUUACCAGCAAGGCGAUGGUGCUACUGUAGCAGAGUUUGGAAUCAUUGUCGACGGAUUGGAUCAAAGUCAGAAUGCCCCAGCUCUUCAGAAUGCUACGUCCUCGGCAAGGAAGAGUAAGAGAGAACUUGGGAGGCGUGCGGGUGCUGGCGCUACUGGUGGACGUCGUCGCCGUCACAAUGAUCCUCUUGCUGGGCAUUAUGAUAAUAUCGAGCGGGAUUUCUUGCUGAAAUUGGGUAGGAUCAGGAGAGGUUCGGGUCUUGAUUAAUACGAGGCUGCAGAGCAGGUAAGAGCUGACUGGAUUGGAG